UGGCCACUGCUGGAGGAUCUCUAUGAAGAGAACAUCCCUGUGUACAGAUUUAUCCAGAAACCAGGAGACCUGGUCUGGGUGAACUCAGGAACUGUGCACUGGGUACAGGCUAUUGGCUGGUGUAAUAACAUAGCCUGGAAUGUGGGUCCGCUCACUGUCCGCCAGUACCAGCUUGCGGUGGAGAGAUACGAGUGGAACAAACUACAGAGCGUCAAGUCCAUAGUCCCAAUUAUUCACCUGUCUUGGAAUCUGGCAAGAAACGUGAAAAUAUCCGAGCCAAAGCUGUUUGAGCAAAUCAAAUACUGUCUCCUGCGUACCUUGAAGCAGUGCCAGAUGACACUGGAGUAUAUAAAGACCCUGGGUCUGGAAGCUAAGUGGCACGGGAGGUCCAAGGGGGAGGCUGCUUAUUACUGUAAUAUAUGUGAGAUUGAGGUCUUCAACAUCCUGUUUGUGAUUGAGCAAGAGAAGAAGUUCCAUGUGCACUGCCUGGACUGUGCCAGGAAGACCAGCUCUACUCUGGAAGGCUUCAUUGUCCUCAAUCAGUACACCAUGGAUGACCUGAUGGAGGUCUAUGAUAACUUUCAGUUGCAUCAGCAAAAGAGUGCUAUAACUGCCUCCUCCUCAUGAUGACUGGCUGAUCAUGUGACAUUUCUUCAUUGUGAUUGGGUGAGAGUUUGAUCAUGUGACUACAAUAUCAGCUUACACCAAAGAUCUCAAGGAACUCUGGGGCAAAGAGCAAAAUGUGAUGUGGCUGUCCCUAGACAAAGAGGACUAUGACAGCAUUAAGUAAACUUCCGUUUAGGUGGGGUAUCUAGUAGCAGUGUAGAAGGCAGUGUUGUUAUAAAAAAACUUAUUCUUUGCGAGCUGCUUUGUUAUAAUUCAGAAAAGAUCAUUUUGCUGGCUAUGAUUAUUGUGGAUAACACUUAGGUGUCUUCUGCUAGUGCUCCCAUUUUGGAUGAAUGGAUAGAUAGAUGGCAGCACAAAGCAAGAUAUACCUAUCCAAUGAAAGAUAUUGCUUUCAUCCUGUGGCACUGAUUACCAGAGGAAGAAUAUGGACCUCACCCUCUUUAUGCUAAAAUUAUGUACUGAUGAAUACACAUAGUAUUUAUUCUUUAAAAAUGUUUACUUUAUAUAUCUCCUAAUCACUAUGCUUAAAGUAUUGAUGGUUAUGAUAUUCUUAAACAUGAUGCUCCUGGGUAAAGGUAUAGAACCAAGUUUGGAGCCAUAAUGCAAUGCCAUUACUAUUGCAGCCAACCUAAAGCAACAACAACGAUGCUAAUAUACAGCUUUGAGUACCUCAAGGAAAUAUACACACAUAUAUAAUAUAUGAUAUGAAUAUGUAUACAAGAGCAAUAAGUACAAGCUCUAACACUGCCAACCAGAAAUUAUAUAUAUUAAUUAUGGAAGUGUUCCAUACACAAAUGUUAAGAUCUCAACAUUUUCUACCAAUCUGUAUGCUUGUUAAUGACCAGUGUAAAUGAUAGGGGUUAAUUUUAUAUUUAAAACAUAAUAACAUGGUGCAGUCCAGAAAUGUAUACACUGGAGUGAUGCACAUACAUUAAGCUAAUAACAAAGUUAUAUAUGUGUAUAUGAGAUAUUUAUUAUUCAAUACGAGGCACAGUUGUUAAUAAUGGGUCUUCUAUUCAGGCCAACCAUUUUUAAGAGUAUUUAUACUCGAGAUAUAGGCCAUUUUGGAUAUGGGUUUGUUAGUUAGAGAUAACAUUUGCAAAUUGAACGGCAUAUUUUUACAUGAAGUUAUUUCGCUUGAAAUUUUGCACAUUGAAAGUAGAUGUUAAUUCCCUGGCAUGACUCGUAGUUUUGCACAGUUCAUCUGUUGUGCAAAAGAUGUGCAGUGUGUUGACUGUAAAGCUGUUUAUUAAUAACAUUAUUAAGGGAUGCCCAUACAACAUACCCGUGCUUGUUUAAAUUGAUGGCUGAGUUAAUUUAUAGAUUUGGAAUUGUUAUACUGAUGGUAAAGUGUAUAUACAUAAAUUAUCCCCAUGGGUACCAUUAGUUAAUGUAAAAUCGCUAGGUGGGGACACAACUGUUUGUGGCUUAUCACCAGGUGGAAACACUAGUGUAGAUAUCCAAGAGAUACUGGAUCAGAAUUAAUCAAAUUUAGUAAAAAGCAUGAUUCAUUUAUUUUCUUUAUCUUUUUCCGCUGAUAAUUCUUCAGUUGCUCAUUUUUGUACAUUUUGUAAAUAGGUGACACCUUUUCUUUUCUAAAUCCCUACCUCUAAUUUUUUGUAGCUUAGCUUAUUUUGAACAUUUGUUCUUCUGAGCAUCCUUUAACCUUUUAAUGUAAGUUCAUCAAGUCCUACAUAUAUUACGGAACUAGAAAUACUGGCCCAUUCUCUGACCCACUUGAUAGACCGGAAUCUGCAUGAUUGUUUAUAUUUCAGCAUAUAGGGUAAACAAGGUA